AUGAAAGUGACCAGGAGAAGGACGAUGGGCGAUAGCGAUGGAAGUUCGGACCUGGAGAACUCGUAUCCACAGCUGCCCUCCGCCCCAGUGGACACGCUGAUUGCAUUCCGACAGCGAGCAGCACAGAAGGAAUUGCAGAUGAGUGAAAAACUCAAGAAGGAGGUUAUUGCAGAUGCCAGACAACGACAUCAAGAGCGACAGCAAGCUCUGCGAUCCAAGAAGAAGAAGAAAUCCCCGCAGUCCAAGCGACGGCACUCAAAACAGAGUGACAGUAUUUUUAACGGAUCGAAUCACACGAACGGUAGCACCGGCACUGCCGACGCUAUGGAGGAUGAGUGGAUGGUGGACUGCUCUUGUGGACUAAAGGAGAAAAACUAUGACGACGGGACGUCUAUGAUCCAGUGCGAUAGUUGCUCACACUGGGUGCAUGCUAAAUGUGCAGACAAGCAGCCGGAAGCCGUGGCUCAAGAGAAGUUCCUGUGCUUUCGAUGCGGCUGGAUGUUCGACUGCGUGUGUGAUAUUCGCCGCCAGCUUAACCACGAUGACGGCCAGCGUAUGGUUGAGUGCGAAAGCUGCGAGACAUGGCAACAUACUAAGUGCGUGGGUAUACCAAUGACUGAGGAGCCAGCAGACGACUACAGAUGUCCCCGAUGUGUGAAGAAAGCUCGUCGACGCAAAUCUGGAUCGAAAAGCAGUGGAAGUCGUGAUCGACAGCGAAAGCGAAGCCACAGAGAGCAGUCUCGAAAUCAUCGGAAAAACAGCGAUCUGUCUCCGCCUGUUGCGAUAGAUGUUCGGUCUGCUGCUCGCUCGCUCGAUGCGUUGACAAUGCCGACCCGUUCCCAUAGUAGCAGACGUGGUGAGCACAAAGAAUCGCCCAAGAUGAAGAGGAAAGCUUCUCUUGCUCAAUCGCCUUCCCCUCCUCCUGUUCCGGCAGUCUCUCCUCCGUCCACUCCCCCUCCGCCUCCAUCAUCGCCACCUCCACCUUCCGCGAGAUCUGCGCGUGAUCGAAGCCACAGCCGUGUGAAACGAAGAAGUGAGAGGGAACGAGAUCGUGCAUCUACAUCUAGUAGUCCAUCCCAUCGCAAGCGAGGCCGAUCAAUGGGCAAAGGGCUCAUGCUUCGAGGAUAUUCUCCUGCUUCUGCAAGAACGGAUGCCCCCUCAUUGCGAUCAGCAGACGUACGUCCUCCACUCCCACUCACCCCGCCGUCUGGAGGCAGCAACAGCAGCCACAACAACCACAGUCAAGUCGGUCGGAAGCGCAAGGGUAGCUCUGCACGGGACCGGCUAGCGAAAAAGCUCAAAAUCCGGAAGAACUCGCUGCGGUAA